GCAAAAUAUAACAUUAUGUAAAUAUAUAUAUAUGUAACUUCAUUCAGGCUUUCAGCCUAUUUUCCUCAGUUCCGUUCUGCGCGAACCCUAGUUCGUAGCAACCAAAUCGACGGGUUUGGCCUCGCCGCUCCGUGUAGGAUGGCAUCUGUGUCCAGUCAGCCACAGUUCCGCUACACACAACCCCCAUCCAAAGUGCUCCAUUUGCGAAACUUGCCAUGGGAGUGCACAGAGGAGGAAUUGAUUGAACUUGGGAAACCAUUUGGUAAAGUUGUUAACACCAAAUGCAAUGUAGGAGCAAACCAAAAUCAAGCUUUUAUUGAGUUUGCAGAGUUAAAUCAAGCUAUUUCCAUGAUAUCUUAUUAUGCUUCAUCGCCUGAACCGGCUCAGGUACGUGGGAAAACCGUCUACCUACAAUAUUCCAACAGACAAGAAAUAGUGAACAACAAAACCACUGCAGAUGUUGCUGGAAAUGUAUUGUUAGUGACAAUUGAGGGUACUGAUGCACGCCUUGUCAGCAUUGAUGUUCUGCACUUGGUGUUUUCAGCUUUUGGAUUUGUACAUAAGAUUACUACCUUUGAGAAGACAGCUGGGUUCCAGGCUUUGGUGCAAUUUUCUGAUUUAGAAACUGCUACUUCUGCAAAAGAUGCCCUUGAUGGAAGAAGCAUUCCGAGAUAUUUGAUUCCAGACUUGGGACCAUGUAGCCUUAAAAUCACAUAUUCAGCUCACACUGACUUGAGUGUGAAAUUCCAGUCUCAUCGUAGCAGGGACUAUACUAAUCCUCUCCUCCCUGUUGCUCCUUCAGCCAUUGAUGCGUCUGGUCAGUUUAGUUUCGGCAUCGAUGGUAAAAAGCUAGAGCCUGAGAGUAAUGUUCUUCUUGCAUCGAUUGAGAACAUGCAAUAUGCCGUGACAUUGGAUGCUCUACACAUGGUCUUUUCAGCUUUUGGGCCAGUUCUAAAGAUUGCCAUGUUUGAUAAGAAUGGUGGGGUUCAGGCCCUAAUUCAGUAUCCUGAUGUCCAGACAGCUGUUGUUGCCAAGGAAGCCUUGCAAGGACAUUGCAUAUAUGAUGGAGGGUUUUGCAAGCUUCAUAUUACAUUUUCACGCCAUACUGAUCUCAGUAUAAAGGUCAAUAAUGAUCGGAGCAGAGAUUAUACAAUUCCUAGUGCUCCUAUGGUGAAUCCUCAACCGUCAAUGGUAUAUCAUCAACAAACACCUCUAGUUUCUCAUCAAUACAACGGGGGCCAGUUCCCCCCACCUACGGGAGUGUUUGCAGUACCACAGCCUUCAGAAGGUUGGGGACCAGGUGCCGCAGCUGUGCCUCAGUCCACACCUGCGCCAAUGCAUAGUCACCAUUACAUGCCACCUGCGACCAUGACCCCUGGGUUGAUGCAGUCUCAUGGACAGAAUGGUCCACCGCCUACAAUGCCAUUGUAUCGACCACAGUAGUAUUAAUUUUUUCUCAUGAAACAGUUCGCUGUACUAUUGUGGUCGUAUGAAGGUAGGAGGAACGCAGAGGGGGUGCGUAAGAUGCUUUUGCCUAAAUUAUCGUCUUCAAUUUCAAAGAAAAUUGUUAAAAGUUUUAAUUUAGGGGGAGGAGUCGGAGGACUCCAGCCUAUGGAAAACUUUGGUAAAUUGUCGGUUCUAAAACUGUCACCAUGAUGUUAUUAUAUUGUUGAAUGUGAUUUUGCCUUAAAGCUGAAGCAACCCGCUUGUGUAUUGUUUCAUCCUAUUUGAUCAUAAUAAUACUAUUGGAGCAGCAGUUUUAAGUAA